GCACAUAAAAUUAUAUCCCAAUCUCAAUUAAUAAUUUAGAUACUACCUUGUUCUCUAAUAAUUAACUAAUAAUUGUUUCAAUAUUCAAAAUGCUUGAUUCAUUUGUUGGGAAGGUACAAAAGAGUUUAUCAGUCUUUGUACCAAGAAAGCAUGCAUUGAGCUACAUAAAUGAAGAUCAUGCCACAACCACAAGUGAUCUUGCUGAUGAUGUUACGAAAGGUUACUUUGCUGUUCUUGCAAAGAAGGGUGUAGAAACUAGAAGGUUUAUUGUUGGGUUAGAUUACUUAACUGAUCCUGCUUUUUUGGGAUUGCUUGAUGAUGCUUGGGAGGAGUAUGGUUUUAGACAGAAGGGAACUCUUGUUGUUCCGUGUCGGCCGAUCGACUUGCAGAACAUUCUAGAUAGUCGGAAAACAUAGAGAAGAUACAACACGUAAAUUAAGAUGUUGGAAAGGAUCAAAUCCUAGAGUCAAAAUUAUGAAAAUUUGAGAGCUUUAUUUCUUCUGAGAAAUGAAGAGGAUUCCGAACCUCAUAUCCUGCAUCCUGUGGGAGAAGAACAACUGUUAUAGGAAGUUAAUUUAUUUACUUUACGGCUACACUAGAUACUAGCUAGGAAUGUCAAAGAUAUUUCAUUGGUAAUGUAUCUUAAAUAAGUUAUUAUAUCAAUGCUUUUCUGUUUGAUAUGCUCAGGUUCACAUAGAGUUAUAUAAAAUUUUAAUUUAUCAUAUCCACAGCCACUGGUCUACGAAGAA